AGUCUGUGUUCUUGUCUUGACCAUUGAGAAGGUGAUUUGUUCAACCUUAUGUGUCCUGGAAUAUAUAUAAAAACGUGUUAGGCAAUAUUUUCAGACAUUUUCAAAUUAUUUAUACAAAACUAAUAUUGAACCAUUCUGUUUUCAGCUGCCUCAGAUGGCCAUGUACUGGUCAACCGAUGUCCUGUACGGAAACUUUAGUGUUCGGCGAAUUAUGACCAGGGAUCGCUUCAUGAAGGUCUUACAGUACCUUCACUGUAAUGACAGGACCAAAAUGAAGCCAAAGGGACAUAAGGACCACGACAAACUGUACUUGAUUCGGCCUUUCCUGGAUGCGGUAAGAAAACUAUGCCUGACGCUAUACAACCCCCACAGAAAUGUUUCAAUUGACGAGGCUAUGGUCAAGUUCCGAGGUCGUCUUGGCUUCAGACAAUACAUGCCAUUGAAACCAGCUCGCUACGGAGUGAAAGUGUGGGUACGGGCUGAUCCAGUCAAUGGUUAUGUAAAUGACUUUCAAGUCUACACUGGCAAGGACGCAAACACCGCGGAAGUAGGUUUGGCUACAAGAGUAGUGUUGGACUUGAGCCGUGUUAUCAAGGGGAUGUUUUAUAUUGUGAAUGUGGACAAUUUCUUUACAAGUCCCGUGUUGUUUGAAGAACUCCUAAAGCAGGAAACGUACGCCCGUGGGACUGUGCGCACUAACAGGAAAGGCUACCCAUCUUCACUGCUGGGAAAGAAAAAAGUGCAAGAGCAGGGGGACUAUGUGUUCGCAACCAAAGGUGAACAACUGGCGUGUGUCUGGAUGGACAAGAAGCCAAUCUACACACUGUCCACUGCAGAAAAUCCAAAGGACAUAGGCGCCACUGUUUUGAGAAAAAAGCGCAACGGAGAAGUUCACCAAGUACCGGCCCCACGCAUCAUUCCAGAAUAUAACAACAACAUGAAUGGAGUUGAUCAUGCAGACCAGCUUAGGACGGAGUACCCAACGUUCCGAACAUCAAGAAAGUGGUGGACAUACAUGUUCUUCUUCAUACUGGAUACGGCAAUUACAAAUGGAUAUGUCGUGAUGAGGGAAUCGCCAUUCCACCAACAAAGAAGCCGCACUGGGAAGGCAAAAGACAGGACGGUAUUGGACUUCCGCAUGAACCUCUCAAAACAGCUGAUAGGGGAUUACUGCGAGAAUGGUGCGGCGAAAAUGGCGACGGUGAAAGCGGGGCACUUCCCUGGGCAUUCGGAAAAAAGAGGCCGUUGCAGACAGUGCACGAAACAAAAAAGAAGACAUGAAUGCAAUGUGAUAUGCCUUGAAUGCAAUGUACACAUCUGUGUCCCGUGUUUCAAGGACUGGCAUGUUGAGUUGGCUAAAUCUUCUUAGAGUGAAGGUGAUAGAUGAUAGAUGAUUGUUCUGUGAACAAAGGGGAAUGAUAAAGUGAUAAAUAUUUAUUUUUAGUAUUUAUUCAGAUUAUUGUUUGUUAUAAAUUUAGAAAUUUUUAUAAAGUUCAAAUGAAUGAGCUAAGCAGUUUUGAACAGUUCUUUGGGUUUAUUUGGUUUUCAUAAAAUUAAUUACAAAUGAAACUUUAUUUUGCAAACUUUUUAUUGAAGGUAAAAGAAAAGAAAUUUUGUAUUUGUUACAAAAACUGUUUCUGUUUGUGAAAUAUUUAUUCUUGAAAUAAU